UCUUCGGGUUCGACUGGCUGAUUGCUGAUCUGACUGGAACCGAAUUGUGACCGAAUAAUAAUAGUUUAAUCCAAAAACAGUGCUUUCUUGCAUUCAUUGCUAGUUCUUGGAGUUUUGUGUGGUUCCAGAUAAAAGGUUCAUCAUGCCGAAAGUAAGUUCCCGCUCGGGUCCACCCCGUAAAAUGUCGACCAACAAGUCGAAACACUCGAUGAACCCGGAACGGUCGACCGAGGGCCUUAAAGGCGUGGCCAAGCCCCGUACCAAAGCUACCAUCAAGCGGCUGCAGAUGUACCGAAAUUUUAAAGCCAAACGCGACCAUAGAGGUAAAAUUCUAACUCCCGCACCCUUUCAAGGAUGGGUAGCCAGUGGAACCGUAUCGCGAGUGGAACCAUCGCCCAAAUGGUUCGCCAAUUCGCGUGUGAUUUCGCAAAGCUCGUUGCAAAAGUUUCAGGACGAGAUGGGCAAGGCGGUCCGUGAUCCUUACAAGGUGGUAAUGAAGCCGACCGAGCUGCCGAUCACCUUGCUAAACGAAACCGCACGCUACCAGCGAGUGCAUCUGUUGGACACCGAGGGUUUUGAGACCACUUUUGGCCCAAAGGUGCAGCGGAAAAAACCUGCCUUAAAGGUUCGUGAUCUGGAAGAUUUGACGCGAACGGCAGAGGAAUCGGCGGACCGAUACGAUGACAGUAAGGAUCGAGAUUUGGAACGAGAUAACGGAGGCGUGAGAGAUCAGGUUCGCGAAUGGAUUUUCGCUGCUGGUCAGAGCAAACGAAUCUGGAAUGAGCUACACAAGGUGAUUGAUUCGGCGGAUGUUUUGCUGCAGGUGCUGGAUGCCCGCGACCCUAUGGGGACACGGUCGAAGUACAUUGAAGGAUUUUUGAAAAAGGAAAAACCACACAAGCAUUUGUUUUUCAUCCUGAACAAGGUGGAUUUGGUUCCAAUCUGGGUAACGCAGCGCUGGGUGGCUCUUUUGAGUAAGGAAUAUCCGACGAUUGCUUUUCAUGCCUCUCUAACACAUCCUUUCGGUAAGGGAGCGCUAAUUAAUUUACUGCGACAGAUUGGAAAGUUACAUGUGGACAAGAAACAGAUCAGCGUUGGUUUUAUUGGCUAUCCAAAUGUGGGUAAAUCGUCGGUUAUCAAUGCCCUACGAAGUAAGAAGGUCUGCAAGGUAGCUCCGAUUGCGGGAGAAACGAAAGUUUGGCAGUACAUUACUCUGAUGAAGCGAAUUUUCCUGAUUGAUUGCCCGGGAGUGGUUUAUCCCACAGCCGAAACCGAUACGGAGAAGGUUCUGAAAGGAGUCGUACGAGUCGAAUUGGUCAGCAAUCCGGAAGAUUAUAUUGAAGAUGUGUUGAAGCGAGUUCGAAAAGAGUACAUUAGCAAAACUUAUGGCAUCGCGGAGUGGAGUUCACACAUUGAUUUUCUGGAGCAGCUUGCUAAAAAGUCUGGAAAACUUCUUAAGAAAGGAGAGCCGGAUGUCCCGACGGUAGCGAAAAUGAUGCUUAAUGAUUGGCAGCGCGGGCGACUGCCGUUUUACGUUCCACCAGAGGGCUUUGAAAUACCCAAUUCCGCCUCGGAUCAAACAGAAACAGGAGCAACUGAAGAUGAUCAAAAGAGUACUUUCUCCGGAGUUACCGCCACACCCACAAUUCCAGAAUCGAUUAAAAAGGGUAAGCAAUUGUUCCAGAUUCAGGACUUCCGCAAAAUUGUGGUCAAUCUGGAGUUUGAGAGUGAAGACGUUCGUGAAAUCGACAAAAUCGAUCUGGAACUGCUGGAAAAAUUGAAGCAAGAAAGAAUGGCAGAAGCAAAAAAGAAACGCAAAGCUUCUGGAAACGAAGAAAACGAAAACGACGAAGAAUCAUCCGGUAUUUCCGAUUUCUACUCUGAAGAUGAGUACGAUGAAGAGAGUGGAAAGGUGGUUCACAAGAGCGCAAAAACUAAAUCAUCCGCCAGUUCUACGGCGACAGAAAAGGUUCAAACUAAAACCGCCAGCGGAAACUUUACAGUCGCCGAUGACGAUAAGCCGGAGGGAGCUAAGCAGCCUAAGUUAACUGCCAAGCAGCGAAGAGCAGCGGAACGAGCAUCCAAGCGUAGGAAGAUUGGUAGUAAUUUCUACGAAACUCAUAACGUUAAAAAUCGUAACCGAAACAAAAAACCUGCUAUUCCGAAUUAAAUUUGCAAAUAAUUUUUUAGUUUUUAUCAUCAAUU